AUGUGUCGAAUUCUUAAGAAGCUCAGACACUUUAACAUCUCAGUUGUCAUUUGUGUACAGACAGCAAAGAGUUUAAGUAAGGAUGUUAAAAGAAUACUUACUGAUAUCAUACUUUUCCCUGGAUUGUCCGAAGACGAUUUCAUGGAACUUAUGAAAGAGUCCAUGGCAGGUAAGUUUGACAGACAUGAACUAUGGGAGAAGUACAAAGUCAUACAAGACCCUCAUACUUCUUUCAGAAUUCACAUCUACGCGAACAAAGUUCAAAUUGUAAAAAGUCAAGCUUGA